GAAUAUAAUUGCAUUGGAUGCAGAUCAGAGAAAGUUCACUAGAUUCAUUCCAGAGAUGAAAGGUUUAUAAAACAUUGACCAGUUUAGGAUUACGCUCGCUGUACAUCCCUCUGUGACUGAGCAUAUGAGGUCAAUGGUGGUUUUUUCAUCCAUUCCCUUCCUUACUAUUGUUCUGGUACCCAGAGCGCAGGCGCAGGAGCAGGAACGGCAUGUGCUCGGAGCAUGCUCAGUCUCCGCCACGGGGCCAGCUCCAGGAAGAGUGGACAUUUCGGGCGGCGGGAGGAGACAUGGUAGGAAUGGAAACCGCGGCGCUGCGGCCUGGCAGAUUUAUCAAUUACUGGAUGGCAGGGGCGGGGGAUCUGACUGCCCAAAUAAGCGCAAAUAGGCCCUGCGUUUAAUCCUGCGAGCGGGCACAGGGCCCAGGGGAGCCGUCUCACUGACCGCCAUCUUAUGAGAGGGAAUCGGGGCGCGCAGGAAGGCGGGGCUUCCUCCCGGGGUGAGACCGGGUUACCCAGGCAACCGGCCGUCAUCUUGGUAAAGGAAUGACCCUGGUCACCGGCCGCCUGCCAUCUUGGCAGAAACUCCAAUCAGACAUCAGAUCAACAUGUGACUGUGCCAUUCAAAUCACUGAAUAUAAUUCGCUUUUGAAUAUGGAGGGAGAUAUGCUUGUCUGCUCUGUUUGUAGGUAAAUACUAAAAACAUCAGUGUGACUGGAAAAGGCACCAAAACACACACACCUGAAAGCAGAUAUUCCAGUGCGCUGUGUGAAAAGAAUUUUAACCAGUUACUCGGCCUGAAAAAGCAAUGUAACCAUUCACAGCAGGGAGAAACCUUACAUGUGUUCUGUGUUCAAGGUUUUAACUGAUCAUCUGACCUACAGAGUCCCAACAAUACUCAGCACCAUGGAGAAACCGUGGAAAUGUGGGGAUUGUGGGAAGGGAUUCAGAUCUCCAUCUGUGCUGGAAAUUCAUCGACGCUGUCACACCGGAGAGAGGCCGUUCACCUGCUCUGAUUGUGGGAAGGGAUUCACUCAGUCAUCCAGCUUACACAAGCACCAGAAAACACACACUGGGGAGCGGCCGUUCACCUGCUCUGAGUGUGGAAAGGAAUUCACUCAACUCACCCACCUCACCUCACACAAAGUUGUGCACUCUGACAUGAGACCUUUUCAAUGUCCUGCCUGUGACAAGAGCUUUAAAAGCAAGAAGAAUCUAUUGACACACCAGCGGGUUCACACUGGAGAGAGGCCAUUCACCUGCCCUGCAUGUGGGAAAGGAUUCACUCAGUUGUCCAGUCUGCUGACACACCAGCGAGUUCACACUGGGGAGAAACCAUUCAUCUGUUCCGAAUGUGGGAUUGGGUUCACUCAGUUAUGCAAUCUGUUCGAUCACCAGCGGGUUCACACUGGGGAGAGACCAUUCAUCUGUUCAGAGUGUGGCAAGGAAUUCACUCAGUCUUCCAGCUUAUGCAAACAUCGGAGAAUUCACUCUGGUGAGCGGCCAUUCAUCUGUUCCAUAUGUGGGAAGCAAUUCACUCAACUCACCCACCUCACAUCACACCAACGUGUUCACUCUGAGACAAGAUCUUUUCAAUGUUCUGAGUGUGAGAAAAGCUUUAAAACUAAAAUGGAUCUGCUAACUCACCAGCGAGUUCACAGCGGGGCGAGGCCAUUCACCUGCUCACAAUGUGGGAAGAGAUUCACUCAGUCAUCCAGCCUGCUGGCACACCAGCGAGUUCACACUGGGGCCAAACCGUUUAUUUGUUCGAACUGUGGGAAGAGAUUCACUCAGCUCACCCACCUCACUUCACACCAACGCGUUCACUCUGACAUGAGACCUUUUCAGUGUUUGGACUGUGAGAAGAGUUUUAAAAGCAAACAGAACCUGCUGACUCACCAGCGGGUUCACACUGGAGGGAAGCAUUCCCUUACUAUGAGUGUGGGAAGGGAUUCAUCCACCCAUCCCUCUGGCUGAGAGAACAGCAAGUUCACAUUGUGGAGUGAUCCGUUUGUGUGUGUGUGGGAGGGAUUCACUCAUUCAUUCAUUCUAUAGAAAUUGCAGCAAGUCCAUAAGUGAUUCCAGGGGUUGGAUUCUGCUAUUUUUGCUGCUAUUAGUCACAUCCAGACUGAACUAUAUUCAUUUUGACACUUGGCAGCUGUUUCAGUUUAUGUUAAUCAUCUCUGUAACUGGGCUGGAGUUUAAUAUAAGACCAUAAGAGCAUAAGACAUAGGAGCGGAAGUAAGGCCAUUCGGCCCAUCGAGUCCACUCCGCCAUUCAAUCAAGGCUGAUGGGCAUUUCAACUCCACUUACCCGCAUUCUCCCCGUAACCCUUAAUAUGCUGGAUUAUAGAUUAAAUAAAUGAGCUUUUUGUCAAGCACACUGCUAAAUUUCUUGCCUUCUCCAAAUUAAGAGGACACAAAGUUUUUUAAAAUCCACUUAGAGUCAUAGAGAUGUACAGCAUGGAAACAGACUCUUCGGUCCAACUCGUCCAUGCCGAC